AUGUCGAAAGACCAGCAAGCUUCAUAUCUCGAAACGUUGAGAAACCCUCGAUUAUCCCGCCCGACUGGCUCACGGCCGCCACCGCCUUCGAGAUUUGCUGGGCUCAAGCGGUCCGAGACAGCGUUGGAUGUAACAGCUCCCGCGCAGAGCGAACGGCCGCAUCUGCCAACCAGCAACAGCAUGCCAGUCAUGCCAGCUCAGAACAUGUCACAUCAGCGGACUGGAUCCAAUACGUCCGCGAAGUCGCCUUUCGCAGGUCGUCCUCUAGCACGACCUCCAUCAGCUGUGCCUUCCAAUGGUGGAUCAUCAAUAUCCUCUGGGGAGCAAACACCCCAACAGCGAAGACCAACCGUGCCUUACAUGGAGAACGGUACGCGGUGGAUGGAGAAGCAGGAGACAUACUCUUUGCGGAUGGCGCUGGAGGAUAUGGAUCUGGAGGAAGAGAAGAAGUUACAUUUGGCGGCCCAGGACGAGGCGGCAGAACUGGUAUGGAAGCACAAGCAUCCAGCCGCUGGCGAAGCUGCUGCGAAUGCUCCAUUUGCGAAUCCCGACUUGCCUCGGGACUAUCGUCAGCAUUUACGGAAGGGAAGUUAUCAGCGCAGCCACAGUCAAGAAGCGGUGCCGAUGGCGAGCCAAAGGAGUGCUUCUGCCGGUAGCCAGAGCAGUCAGAGCAGUCAGAGCAGCCAAAGCGAAUCCAUCAACAAGCGCAAGAGUGUGGACAUACUCCGGAAAGCUAGCCCUCCCUCAGGAGACAUGUCCACGAACAAGACCCGCAGGGUUCCAUCCGGGAAAAGCUACGGUGGCCUGGCAGAGCUCGUGGCGAAGGACAUUGCUCAGGCGCAGCGAAGGACGAGCAGCGGGAGCAAGAAGCGUAUACUGAGCGCGGAGAAAAAGUUGUUUAUGCAUCCGUAUGACAAAAUAUGGGAGGAUCCACAAGAAGAGCGCUCUCCUCAAGCUCCUCCGAACCCAUCGAACGAUCCACCACAGGUUGCUCCAGUUGCAGUUCAAAACCCAUCGCAUGUCCGUAAAAACCCUUUUGCUAGGGUGAGGAUGCAGGCAGAGAGGCUUGAGAGAGCAAACACGGAGCCGAUACUGACGACAAAUCCGCGGCCGAACAGUGUUGAGAUCCAGAAGAAUCCGCCAAGCCAGUCCAGAAGACCAUGGUACAUGUCGAAUGAGCCGUUGCCGCCGACGCCACCAAGUGCUGAGAAACGAGACAGCGACGAGGUCGCUCCCAAGACGACGCCGACGAAAGAAGGCAAGGAAGUCCGUGGAGAUGAUAUUCGAGCUGCGACCAGCAAGCAAAGGAGUGACUACAGCCCAAAGCUGCCUCGACCAACUAUGGUCAGUGAUAAACCAGGUCGGCCGAUCGUGAGCUUCAGGCAGGAUUGGAAGCCGAAAGAGGUAGUGCUUGAGGAGGCAAAAGCCUCACCUGCAAGGACGGUACAGAAGCCGGACUUCACUCUGAAUCGCUCCCAGACAGAACCCCAACCGAAUAGCAUUCCACGGGUGCAGGUAGACCCAUCGCCACCACCGCCCAUACCAACGAUCGUGGUUCCAGACGAGCCGACGGUACCGAGCAUUGUCUUGCCGGAGGAGCCAGACUUCGCAGAUCCAUCGGAUAUUCAGUCUGCACCGGUAACACCAAUGAUAUCUGUCGACCCACCAUCGAUCUGCAUCGCGCCCUCCAUCAACGUCUCAGGCCCCGAAGAACCAAAGUCGCAGCCUCCCAAGCAUUCAAGACCACAGCCUCCUGCACGACCUCUGCCUCACCAUGCUGCAACGUCGCCUUUGCCAAAGUCGUCACCUCACUACACGCCAUCAGUCCGCCAGUCUGGUACUCAGUGCGCACACUGCGCGCUGCCAAUUGCGGGUCGUAUCCUCAGCGCAGCUGGAGAGCGCUUCCACCCGGCUUGCUUCGUCUGCCAUCAGUGCAAUACAAAUCUCGAGCUAGUCGCCUUCUACCCAGAACCAGAGAACAAGCGUUCGGAAAGGCUCGACCGUAUCACAGCACGCCAGUCCGGACUUGAGGUCGUUCUCGCAGAAGGGUCGACAGCAGAAGACGCCUACAACCUAGAAGUCGAAGAUGGAGACCCAAGUCUUCGCUUCUACUGCCACCUAGACUUCCACGAGCUCUUCAGCCCACGCUGCAAGAGCUGCAAGACCCCCAUCGAGGGCGAAGUCAUCGUAGCUUGCGGCGCGGAGUGGCACGCUGGCCACUUUUUCUGCGCGCAAUGUGGUGAUCCUUUCGACAGCACCACUCCAUUCGUGGAAAAGGACGGGAAGCCGGUUACGGAUACGGUUGUGAAAGCUUUGGGAUUCGACUGGCAUGGCCAGUGCUUCGUUUGCAUGGAAUGCAAUGGCGAAUUUGUGGAUGGUCGUUACUUUCUCCGCGGCGCCUCUCAAGAUCCUGUAUGCGUGAGAUGUGAGGAGCGGCGGCUCAAAGCGUAG